GGGUCUUUGUAGCUAGCAGGUCCAGGUCAUUUGUGUCUCUCGAAGCAGUCGCUGUCAGUUUGGUGUCUGAACCAAAAGUUGAACGUGUUGCAAAGACGGGGGGACAGAAGCAUGGAUGGGAUCAGGACGCUGGUUGUGUGUUUGGCAGUUGUGUGUUCUGGUCUGCCUGGUUUGACUCAGGAUUCAUCCAGGCCACUGUUUCUGAUCUCGAGUCCAGAGGUGUUGCAUGCUGGGACACCCACUCCACUGGCUGUCACGGUCCUUGCUGACUUCCCUGGCAGGUUGAUGGUUGAAGUGGCACAUGGCAACGCCAAAGUAGCCCAAACAGAUGACUUCCAUGGAGGUUUGACCAGGGUCCUUACACUCCCUCCUAUUUUUGGCUCUGUAACUGAGAAUGCCCUCUUAAAUGUGACCGUGAAAGGCUACAGGGGGGACAAUCUCAUUUUCACCAACACCAGCACCCUCAGCUUCAGUCCCAGGAAUGUCUCGACCCUCAUUCAAACGGACAGAUCACGCUACCAGCCAGGUGAUACUGUCAAAGUCAGAAUUGUGUCUGUCCAGUUGGAUAACCAUCCAUACAAAGGCAGAGUGGCUAUCUCUGUACAGGAUCCCAGUGGGAACGUUGUCGACAGGUGGGAGUCCACAGGGAAUCAGGGGAUUGUGUUGUGGGAAUUCAGUUUAUCCCGGAUGCCUCCUCUUGGACAGUGGGCAGUCACAACCACAGUGAAUGGUGUGACUGAUGAGAAAGCAUUCACUGUGGAGCAUUACGAGCGUCCUCACUUUGAAAUGCUGUUGAAGACACCUUCACGGGUCUUCAUUGGAGAUAGUAUCUCGGGAUCAGUAAGAGUUCUUUACCGCAGUGGACAGCCGGUACAGGGAACACUAGCUGUCUCUGUCUCGCUGGCGUCUGUUAUGGACAGUGCAGCCUCUCCAUUCAUGCAAACUAAAGAGAUCUACGGGUCAACACGUUUUUUCUUCAGCAAAGAUCUGAUUCAAGCCCUUCACACUUCAUCAGGAAUCAGCGGUGACAGCUGGUUACAUGUUGCUGCAUGCGUUACUGACAACUCCACAGGAUUUAAAGUGAACAAAACAGUUGAGGUGCACCUUAUAAAGAACGCAUUCCAGAUUGUAUUUCUUGAUUCUCCACCUACGCUAAAGCCAUCUUUACACUUCUCUUCAAAACUAAGGAUCUCGAAAUAUGACAGAAAGCCACUCAGCCCAGUGGAUCUAAAGUACUCUGCUGUGAUUGAAGUCACUCAGCGAACAUCUGUGAUGAAUGAUGAAAAUACAACUCUCACACUUUCGGUGCCCGAGGAUGGGAACAUCCACAUUAACUUUAAAUUACAGGAUCAAGUAGUGAUGCUUUUAAUUCGAGCAAGAUUUCAGUCCAGUGAGGAGACUCUAAGGGUCUACAACAACUACCCCUCUCCUAGUGGCUCAUAUAUUCAAAUCUCCCCCACCAACACCUUACCUGCACAGAUUGGACUGCCUCUUCAGCUAGACGUCGAGAGCACCUUUCAACCAACUGAGCUGCAUUUUGUGGUAAACUCUAGAGGUCAAGUGGUGGCUGCUGGUACAAAGACCUCGUCCUCUUUUUCUUUGACACCAACAGUGUCCUGGUCCCCUAAGGCCUGUGUCACAGUCUACUGCAUCCUUUCUGAUGGAGAGGUCAUCAGUGAUACAGUGCACAUACCCAUCAACCAACACAACCAUGUAUCUCUGAGCUGGAGCAGUGACAAAGCCCAGCCAGGUGAGCAAGUAUCACUCACUGUGACUACCCUUGAGCCCAAGUCCCAUGUGGGAAUCGUGGUAAUGGGGACGCAUGGUGAUUCUCCACACACUGACUUUGAUGUAACAGUGGAGCAGGAAUGUAAUAUCAGGAUGCUGACCAAUGCCAAACUAUACAAGAAAACACAGCCUGAUGGGCCUAACAACGGAGAAGAUUUCUUAAUGAUAGAGAAGUACUGGAGAUACUGGAUGGAUGACAGUGAAUUCUUGCUCUGGUUAGACACUAACAUAAGUGAGACAACGUGGACAAGUGGAAAGAUAACGGUGCCAGAUGGAGUUACGUCUUUGUUGUCUGUUGCGCUGGUCAUGUCAGACAACUUGGGUUUGGGCUUCACUGCUUUGCCACAAAAGUUGAGCGUGUCCAAAGAUUUUUCCUUGUCUCUGGAUGUACCAGCGUACCUCAUCAGAGGAGAGGAGUUUGUGGUGGAGGCGAAAGUCAUCAACCAUUUAGAGCAUGACGUGGAGGCCAUCCUGCUGCUAGCACAGAGUGAGGCCUUUGAGUUUGUUUUGGCAGACAGAGGAGACGUCUCUGUGGUAAAUGCCCAAAAACUCAUCUUAGGGAGUCACAAGUCUGCUUCAGCCCUGUUCCCAAUAAGGCCUGUGGCUCUGGGUGUGAUGGAAAUAUCUGUGGAUGCUGUAUUUGCGGAGGCCUCGGGCAGCCUUGUUGGAAGAGUGCUUGUGAAGCCUGGAGGUGUUGAAAAGUCCUGUUCAAAGACUCUGCUCCUGGAGCUGGCACCAGUGGAACACAAUUAUUCCAGGUCCAUCUCCUUCUCCUUUCCACCAGAUGUGGUACCAGGCAGCCAGAGGGUCCGUAUGGCAUUGGUCGGUGAUAGCUUGGCUUUUUCCUUCAGCAACUUGGAUUCUCUGGUUCAGAUGCCUCUUGGUUGUGGGGAGCAGAACAUGAUCCACUUUGCUCCAAGUGUUUAUGUUCUCCAGUACCUGGACAGGUCAACCCAAGACAAUAAGGAGAUCAGGAACAGGGCUCUGAACUACAUGAUGGAAGGAUAUCAGAGACAACUGUCCUACCAACGGAAAGAUGGUUCAUUCAGUGCUUUUGGAGCCAGCGACACCUCUGGUAGCAUAUGGUUGACAGCCUUUGUCCUGAGGUGCUUCAUCCAAGCACAGCCCUACAUGCAGAUAAACCAAAGUGUCCUGACCAGGGCCAUGACUUGGCUCUUGAAACACCAGGGGCCCCAGGGAGAGUUCAGUGAGGUUGGCAGGUUGAUCCAUACGGAGAUGCAGGGAGGACUGGAUAAUGGUCCAGUGGCACUCACUGCCUAUGUACUGAUAGCACUGCUGGAGGAUAACAGCUAUGUGGACAUGUACACAGGUAAUGUGUCCCUGGCUCAGCGGUACUUGGAGAACAAGGUGUCCAGUGGAGGGCUCAGUAACUACAGUCUGUGUCUGGUGGCCUAUGCUUUAGCUCUGGCUAAUAGUCCUGCGGCUUACGAUGCCCUGACUGAGCUCAGCAGGAGAAAAUACUACAAAGAUGGAGUCAUGACCUUGACUUCUUCAGCUGGCCUCAAGUCACAUGACUGGCAGCCACACUCAGCGCAGAUUGAGAUGGCCUCCUAUGUGCUGAUGGCUCUUAUCACACAUGGCAACUUGGUGGAGGGCAUUGAACUCAUGAAAUGGUUAAGCAACCAGAGAAACCAUCUAGGAGGCUACGGGACAACACAGGACACAGUAGUUGCCCUCCAGGUUCUGGCUUACUAUGCUGCUUUCAGUGGUGCCAAUGCCAUCGACCUCAGGUUCAAUAUAUCUGCCCCAACAUCUUCCUUUGUGUCACUAUUUCACAUCAACUCCUCUACCUAUCGGACAUAUCACAGCCAAGAGAUUAAUGCUGACAAAGAUGUAAAUCUAAAUUUAUACAUGGAAGGAAGAGGAUUUGCGAUAUUUCAGCUGAAUAUGUUUUACAACCUGGAGAGCAAAGCAUUUUUACAGAACCUCCAGACCACCUCCACAGACAAGGAGGCUUUCUCGCUGGAUGUGGACCUCACUAAGGAAAGAGACCAUGAUCACAUGCUCUUAUCUAUAUGCACAAGAUUAAAGGACAGUCAGGUGAUUUCUCACACAGGCAUGGCUAUAUUGGAUGUGGGUAUGCUCAGUGGUUUAAGUUUCUCUCCUGGAGCUGCUGCACCAACAGAUCUUAUCCGAAAAGUGGAGAUACAGCCUGAGAAAAUCAUUCUCUACCUCGAUUCUGUUACCAAGUCAGAGGUUUGCAUCAGACUUCCGGUCUUCAGAAACUACAAAGUGGCCCACGUACAGGAUGCGGUGGUGCAGGUGUAUGACUACUACGAACCCACGAGAAAAGCAACAAGGACAUACAACUCAGAUAUUCUACGUGAUACGACUUCCUGCUCCUUCUGCGGCGAAGACUGCAAUCGCUGUAGGCCAGGAGUCACUCUCACUGUGUCCUCCAUGCUGUCAUCUCUCUCAAUAAGCAGCGCCACCUACAGCUUGAUUUGCCUGUUUCUUGGAGUCCUUGCUUUUGUAUUCUAAUGAGAAUAAAAUGUAGCUAAGAUAUGAUUAGACAUAAUGAAUAUGUUUUGAGAGACAUAAUUUUAGCAUGUACAUACCUUGAUAUGCACUGGAUGCAAUUUUAAAUGUUAAUUUUUCUAAUUUCUUGACAAAUGAUUGUGAUAUUUUGUAGCCUGUUUGCAUUGCUGCUCUUUCACUUUGCGCUGGCCUCCUACUGCUUAAAUGUUUUUUGUUUUGGAUUGUUUUUAGAAAGUUGGUGAAUGAGAAAUUGCUGUCAUUGGAAACCUUUUAAGUUCAAAUUCAUUUUUCUACUCACCGUGUUCUCUUGGUUUGAUACAUUAGAAAACAAAUAAAAUCAUUUUUUUAUUUAGCUCAUGAAACCCAUUCUC